AUGGGGUUGAGCGAGGAGAGCGCUGCUUUCUGCCGUGGUCCAGGGGUUUCCGCUGUGCCAGCCCGGUGCGUGGGAGUGCUUGUGCUUCUGCUGCUGGGAAUCUGGGACACUGGUGCACAAAGUGGAUUUCAAACUUCGUCGGUGUAUUUGUGGAAGACCGGUCCGUGGGGCAGAUGCAUGGGAGAUGAAUGCGGUCCAGGUGGCAUCCAGACGCGAGCGGUGUGGUGCGCCCAUGUGGAGGGCUGGACCACGUUGCCCACGAACUGCAAGCAACCCGAGCGGCCGGACAACCAGCAGAGCUGUUUCCGGGUCUGCGACUGGCACAAGGAGCUGUACGACUGGCAGAUUGGCAACUGGAACCAGUGCCGGCCCGUCCUCUCCCGCAGCCAUGAGAAGCCCCUGGAGUGCCUCAGAGGGGAGGAAGGGAUCCAGACGAGGGACAUCACCUGUAUCCAGAAGUCCAACGGGGUGCCAGCUGAGGAUGUCAUCUGCGAGUACUUUGAGCCGAAGCCCCGCCAGGAGCAGGCGUGCCUCAUCCCGUGCCGGCAGGACUGCAUCGUGGCCGAAUUCGCCCCCUGGUCGGAGUGCUCCAAGACCUGCGGCAACGGGCUCCAGCAUCGAACUCGGCACGUUGUGGCUCCACCGCAGUUCGGUGGGUCUGCUUGUCCUAAUCUCACCGAGUUCCAGAUCUGUCAGUCUAGCCCGUGCGCUGCUGAAGAAAGCCUGUAUAGCCUAAACGUGGGACCCUGGAGUGCAUGCUCAGUGCCCCAUUCGAGACAAAUAAGGCAGGCAAGGAGAAGAGGGAAGAACAAAGACAAGGAAAAGGACAGAGAAAAGGCUGUUCGGGAUCCUGAGGCUCGUGAGUUAAUUAAGAAGAAGAGGAAUCGAAACAGACAGAAUAGACAAGAGAACAAAUAUUGGGACAUACAAAUUGGGUUCCAAACCAGGCAGGUGACAUGUACUCACAGAAAUGGGAAAACUGCUGCUCUGAGCUUUUGCAAACAAGACAAGUUGCCCAUUACAUUCCAGUCCUGUGUGAUCACAAAGGAGUGCCAGGUGUCAGAGUGGUCAGAAUGGACACCCUGCUCCAAAACCUGCUUUGACAUGACAACCCCUAAAGGGAAUCGUACAAGAUCACGGACCAUUAAGCAGCUCCCUAUCGGCAGUGAAAGCGAAUGCCCGCAAUUAGAAGAAACAGAGCAGUGCGUUUCUCAAGGAGAUGGUGUGGCACCGUGCAUUACGUACGGUUGGCGGACCACAGAGUGGACAGAAUGUCGUGCUGAUCCUCUCCUUAGCCAGCAGGACAAGAGGCGAGGAAAUCAGACGGCGCUGUGCGGAGGCGGCAUUCAAACCCGGGAAGUGUACUGCGUGCAAGCAAAUGAAAAUCUCCUCUCCUAUUUAAAUACCCUCAAGGAAAAAGAAGCCUCGAGGCCGGUGGACCUUAGGCUGUGUACGGGACCUCUUCCCAGCACCUCCCAGCUGUGCCAUAUCCCCUGUCCUACGGAGUGUGAGACCUCGGCGUGGUCAGCCUGGGGACCGUGCACCUAUGAAAACUGUGAUGACCCUCAGGCAAAGAAGGGCUUUAAACUGAGGAAACGGCGCAUCACUAAUGAGCCUACAGGAGGAACGGGGAACUGCCCUCACCUGCUGGAAGCCAUCCCGUGUGAAGAGCCCUCCUGCUACGACUGGAGAAUUGUGGGGCUGGAGGAGUGCAUUCCCGACAAUGAGAAGCCAUGUGGCCCUGGUACGCAGGUUCCUCUUGUCGUCUGCGUCAACAGUGAUGGAGAAGAGGUUGACAGACAGCUGUGUAGAGAUGCUGUCUACCCAAUCCCGGUUGUCUGCGAAGCUCCGUGCCCAAAGGACUGUGUGCUCAGCAUGUGGUCCGCGUGGUCCUCCUGCUCACACACCUGCUCCGGCAAAACCACAGAAGGGAAGCAGAUGCGUGCCCGCUCCAUUCUGGCAUAUGCAGGUGAAGGAGGAAUACAGUGCCCAAAUAGUAGUGCCCUACAGGAAACGCGCAGCUGUAACGAACACUCUUGCACUGUGUAUCAUUGGCAGACCGGCCCAUGGGGACAGUGCAUAGAGGAUACGUCCGUCUCUGCUUUCAACUCCUCGGCCAGCUGGAACGGGGAGGCCACCUGUUCUGUGGGGAUGCAGACAAGAAAGGUCAUCUGUGUGAGAGUCAACGUGGGACAAGUGGGCCCAAAAAAAUGCCCUGAGAGCCUCCGACCAGAAACAGUGAGGCCUUGCCUCCUUCCCUGUAGGAAGGACUGUAUUGUGACUCCAUUCAGUGACUGGACGUUGUGUCCUUCUUCGUGUCAAGAAGGUAAUUUUAUCUUAAAGAAACAGUCCCGUCACCGAGUCAUCAUCCAGCUCCCCGCCAAUGGUGGUCAUGAGUGCCCGGAAUCCUUGUUUGAGGAAAAGGAAUGUGAAGCUUCUCCCGUCUGCUAUAGCUACAGGUGGAAGACCCACAAGUGGCGCAGGUGCCAGCUAGUACCAUGGUAUGUGCGCCAAGACAGUCCAGGAGCACAUGAGACUUGUGGACCUGGGUUACAAGCAAGAGCAAUUACUUGUCGCAGACAAGACGGAGGGCAGGCUGACAUCAGUGAGUGCCUUAAAUACUCUGGCCCAUUACCAUCCUUAACACAGACGUGCCAGAUUCCCUGCCAAGAUGACUGUCAGUUUACAAACUGGUCAAAGUUUUCUUCCUGUAAUGGGGAAUGUGGAGGAGUCAGGACGAGAAAACGCACUCUUGUCGGAAAAAGUAAGAAAAGAGAUAAAUGCAAAAAUUCUCAGUUGUAUCCUCUGAUUGAGAAUCAGUUUUGUCCAUGUGACAAGUACAGUGCUCAGCCUGUGGGAAACUGGUCAGACUGUAUUUUACCAGAGGGCAAGCUGGAAGUAUUGCUGGGAAUGAAGGUACAAGGAGACAUCAAGGAAUGUGGACAAGGCUAUCGUUACCAGGCCAUGGCAUGCUACGACCAAAACAAUCGACUUGUGGAAACAUCACGAUGCAACAGUCAUGGUUAUAUUGAGGAAGCCUGUAUUAUUCCAUGUCCCUCAGACUGCAAGCUCAGCGAGUGGUCCAACUGGUCUCGCUGUAGUAAAUCCUGUGGGAGUGGGGUAAAGGUUCGGUCUAAAUGGCUCCGUGAAAAACCCUACAAUGGUGGAAGACCUUGUCCAAAGCUAGAUCAUGUCAAUCAGGCUCAGGUAUAUGAAGUGGUCCCCUGCCACAGUAAUUGCAGCCAGUAUGUAUGGGUUACCGAGCCCUGGAGCGUCUGCAAGGUGACCAAUGUGGACUUAAAAGAGAACUGUGGAGAAGGUGUUCAAACAAGGAAAGUCAGGUGCAUGCUGAACACUGUGGAUGGUCCUUCUGACACAGUAGAGGAUUAUCUGUGUGAUCCUGAAGAGAUGCCACUUGGUGCUAGAAAAUGCACAUUACCAUGUCCUGAAGACUGUGUUGUGUCAGAAUGGGGAUCAUGGUCUCGAUGUUCUUUGCCAUGCAAUGGAAGUAGUGUCCGUGAAAGGUCAGCUGAAUCCCUGAGACAACCAGAUGAUGGAAAGUCUUGUCCUGCUGCCACCGAGACAGAAGUCUGCACUUUGAACAAGAACUGCUACCACUAUGACUACAAUGUGACAGACUGGAGCACGUGUCAGCUCAGCGAGAAGGCUGUCUGUGGUAACGGUAUCAAAACACGGAUGCUCGAUUGUGUGCGCAGUGAUGGCAAAUCGGUUGACCUGAAGUACUGUGAAGAGCUUGGUUUGGAGAAGACAUGGCAAAUGAAUAUGUCCUGUGUAGUGGAAUGUCCUGUGAACUGUCAGCUGUCUGACUGGUCCCCUUGGUCUGAGUGCUCUCAAACAUGUGGCCUUACAGGAAAAAUGAUCAGAAGAAGGACCAUAAACCAGCCAUUUCAGGGUGAUGGGAGGCCUUGUCCUUCUCAGAUGGAGCAGUUCAAACCCUGUCCAGUAAAACCUUGUUAUCGAUGGAAAUACGGUCAAUGGUCUGCGUGCAAAGUAGAGGAUGCUCAAUGUGGGGAGGGAACACGAGUGAGGAACAUUUCCUGUGUGGUUUUUGAUGGCUCCGCUGAAGAUGUUGGCAAAGUAGUAGAUGAGGAAUUCUGUGGAGAAAUAGAACCUAUUAUAGACGGUAAUAAGAAGAUGAUACUUGAGGAAACCUGCACUGUCCCUUGUCCAGGGGACUGUUACCUGAGAGAGUGGUCAGAAUGGAGCCUUUGUCAGCUAACCUGUGUUAAUGGUGAGGAUCUCGGCUUCGGAGGAAUUCAAGUCCGAUCUCGGGCAGUGAUCAUUCAGGAAUUAGAGAAUCAACAUCUCUGUCCAGAACAGGCUUUGGAAACAAGACCAUGCAAUGAUGGCCAGUGCUAUGAAUACAAGUGGAUGGCUAGCCCAUGGAAGGGAUCUUCUCGAACUGUGUGGUGCCAAAGGUCAGAUGGUUUAAACGUCACAGGGGGCUGUUUAGUGAUGCGCCAACCAGAUGCUGACAGGUCAUGUAACCCACCGUGCAGUCAACCCCACGCUUACUGCAGUGAGACUAGAACAUGCAGUUGUGAAGACGGAUACACUGAAGUUAUGUCCUCCGAUGGCACACUCGAACAGUGCACUCUCAUCCCAGUGGUGGUGAUCCCCACCAUGGCGGACAAAAAGGGAGAUGUGAAAACCAGUCGAGCUGUGAACCCUACCCAGCCCUCCAGUAACCAGUCAGGACGAGGAAGGACCUGGUUUCUACAGCCUUUUGGGCCAGAUGGGAGGCUGAAGACCUGGGUUUAUGGUGUAGCUGCUGGUGCAUUUGUUUUACUCAUCUUUAUUGUUUCUAUGAUCUAUCUAGCCUGCAAAAAGCCAAAGAAGCCCCAGAGAAGGCAGAACAACCGACUGAAACCUUUAACCUUGGCUUAUGAUGGAGAUGCAGAUAUGUAAAAUAUAAUUUCCCAUGGUGACAAAUGGAGUCUAAAUUAAUGGAUUAAAAUCAGAAGGUAUCCAAAGCCACAGGGAUUUUCUAUGGAGUGGAUUAAGCGCUUUGACUCUUUCUUUUUUUGUAAUUGCACCAUAGAUAAAGAAGGAUGGAUUUCGUAACGCCUACGGAUAUUCAAGGUGUUACCGCUUUACUUUAGACCAUCAGCACUGAGAAAUCUGGCAGAAUCACAUUAAUAGACACUGCGGUUGGAGAUUUGUGGUCUUUCCUCAGUCUUACAAAUGAUAAGUACCACUUGUGUCUCCAGAAUACUGUGGCUGACAUAGUAUUAACAGUUGGAAGCCCCUGCAACAUUAACCAAGUAUAAUCAGUAUGCAUGAAGAGUUUGUACCAAGCUAUGACUCUUUACAUUCAGGCAUAACAUAUAUACUCAGUUGAACCAUAUGUAUUACUCUAUC